AUAUUUUGCCAACCGGUUAUAACCGACCCAUUUAUGGACCGCUUUGAUCCGUAAACAAAACCCAGAUUGCAGGCCAUUUUCUCCAUAUAUGCCCAGCAACCCAUUCAAAAUUUGCUCCAAACUCUUUUACUUGAACCCGCGCCUAAAUUUCCUUGUGAACUUGGGAUUACAAAGCUUCCAAUUGGGUCUGUGCUGCCAUAUAAAUUCCACAAGGAAAAGAUUCACCAUGCUGCAAGAAAUGGUAUGAGAACCUUAAGGAGAUACAAGGAAGGAUUGUUUAACAGUAGCACAGCUCAGAUAUAUUGUAGAAAAUUCUCAGCCAUUGGCAAUGCUAAAGCUGAUAGACCCAGAGACCAAGAAUGCCUUGUUUGGUUGCGCACAAGUGCCACUCAUAUAUCGCUUUUGCAUCAAAUCUUGCAAAGCAGUGCAAGAACAGGUGCACCUAUGGAAGGAAAGGCCUGCCAUGCACAGAGUAUUUGUGUUGGAUUACAAUCGGACACUUUAACGUCUAACAUGCUUAUUAACAUGUAUUCAAAAUGUGGCUUACAUAAUUGCGCUAGAAAAGUAUUUGAUGAAAUGCCUGAAAGGAGCUUAGUUUCAUGGAAUACUAUGAUUGGGUCACUUGCCCGGAAUGGGGAGGAACAAGAAGCCCUCAGUGUUUUCGUACGUAUGCAAAGAGAAGAAAACCAAUUUAGUGAAUUCACUGUUUCAAGUGUUCUUUUCGCUUGUGCUGCGAAAUGUGCUGUGUCUGAGUGUAAACAGCUUCAUGCUUUUGCUAUUAAGGUAGCAAUGGUUUUGAAUGUCUAUGUGGGGACUGCAUUGCUUGACGUUUAUUCAAAGGCUGGAUUGAUAAAGGAUGCAAGUUUUGUUUUUGAGUCGAUGCCAGAGAGGAGUGAUGUCACGUGGAGUUCAAUGGUUGCUGGGUAUGCGCAAAAUGGGCUCUAUGAGGAGGCUUUGGUGUUGCUCCACAGAGCUCAAAUGAUAGGACUAGAACAUAACCAGUUUACAAUCUCUUCUGCUAUUUGUGCUUGUGCAGGUCUGGCAGCUUUGAUAGAAGGGAAGCAGGUGCAUGCCUUGUUGUUUAAAACUGGAUUUGGUUUAAAUAUCUAUAUCGUUUCCUCUCUGAUAGACAUGUAUUCAAAAUGUGGUAGCAUUGGAGAAGCAUACACCGUGUUUCAAGGUAUGGAGGACAGGAACACUAUUUUGUGGAAUGCCAUGAUUUCUGGGUUUUCUAGACAUGCUUGCUCCCUAGAGGUGAUGAUCUUAUUUGAGAAAAUGCAGCAGGCAGGUAUGCUCCCAAGUGAAGUAGCGUAUAUAUCUGUAUUAACUGCUUGUAGUCAUAUGGGAUUGGUUGAAAGUGGAAGGAAAUAUUUCAACCUCAUGAUAACAGAACACAAUAUGUCCCCAAAUUUUGUUCACUAUGCAUGCAUGGUUGAUAUGUUUGGUCGGUCAGGGUUGAUUCUUGAAGCCCAUAAUUUGAUUGAGAAUAUGCCAUUUGAUGCUACUGCUUCUAUGUGGGGUUCACUGUUAGCUUCUUGUAGGAUCCAUGGAAAUUUUCAUUUAGCUGAGAUAGCAGCUAAGCAUUUGUCUGAGAUAGAACCGAACAAUGCAGGGAACCUCAUUUUGUUGUCAAAUAUUUAUGCAGCAAAUAAUAAGUGGGAGGAGGUUGCAAGAACAAGGAAGCUUCUUAAAGAAAGUGAGUUGAAGAAGGAAAGAGGGAAGAGUUGGAUUGAAAUCAAGGACAAAGUUCACUCAUUUAUGGUCGGAGAGAGAAAACAUCCUAGAAUUGCUGAGAUAUACUCUAAGUUAGACCAAUUGGUGGAAAAAUUAAGGAUGAUGGGUUACAAGGCUGAGAUUGAACAUGAUCUUCAUUAUGUCGAAGAGAGCAGAAAACAUGAACUUCUGAGGCACCAUAGUGAAAAACUUGCUCUUACUUUUGGGUUGAUGUGCUUACCCUCCAAUGCACCUAUCAGGAUCAUGAAGAAUCUUAGAAUUUGUGGGGAUUGUCAUUCUUUUAUGAAGAUCGCAUCAAGUUGUUUGGGGAGGGAAAUCAUUGUCAGGGAUACUAAAAGGUUUCACCAUUUCAAAAAUGGUUUUUGCUCCUGUCAGGAAUUUUGGUGAAAUAGUUGUGCUCCAUUAUGUAACUGACUACUUACUGUUAGCAUUUUGUGCACUUUCCUAGUUGUUGCUGAGCAAAGGGUGCGAAAAAUAUUCAUUUGUUGACUAUUAUCCAAUAGUCUGGAUGUGAGAGAUGUAUGUGUCGAAGUUCAGGAACUAGGUAAUAGUAUCCCGAUCAAAAAGCUGAUGAAGGGGCUAAGGGAAACAAGGAGUCUACUGGAUAGGCAAGUAGUGGACACAUUAAGCCCAAAUGUGGUGGUCAGGUUAGUCAAAGAUUUCAUUUUACCAAGUUCAAUGUCUCUCUACAUCUUGUUUCCAAGAGCACAAAAGUGGAGCUCUGUCGUUUUGAUUUGUUAGGCCAGAGUAUGUAUAUCAGCAGGCGCAGUUCAUUCUUUCAGCAGCUUCUUCAAUUGUAGGACUUCAAUGUAUUUUGAUGAUGCCCUUUGGGCCUUUUUUGGUUCUACAAUACUAGUAAAGGUGAAUUUGCAUAUAGACAAGGAUUUAUAUCAUAUUUUCAUCAUGUUGAUAGUGAUCUUAUUUCACAAGGAUAUAAAGUCUAAU